UUCCUCAUGGGAGUGUAGCUGAAAUCAUUACUAACUAAAAUUGAUUUGUGUUGAGACGGUUGGUGAAUUUAACAAUUUGUUGUGCAUAAAAACUAUUAUCUAUGUUCAAUGGAGCCUUUUAAUGUCAACCAUGAACCGCUGGAUAAUUGGACAUUACGGGAGAAACUUGUGUUGGUUUCCACGAUGUCGAUAAAUGUAGGACAAGACUGGAGCACUGUUAGCAAAAAGGUAAAAGAUUAUUGCGGCAAAAAAAUUAAAAGGCCGGAUGACUGGUUUUCACCAACGCAAUGUCAAUUGCAAUACACUGAGAUUUUACUUCGAAUGGGUUUGAGUAACUGUCCCACUAUGGAAAUAGAGAACAUAGAUUACGCUAAAGUCGAUGCGGCAAAACGUAAACUGACCGACGAACAUAUGGUAGUUGUGCAAGUUGACAUGCGGCGACAGCAGGAAGAGUACGCUCAAAUACAUGAAUAUAGAAAAAUUCUUGCUUCAAAUAAUGCUACGGAAGAGGAGAGGAUGAAAAUUUGGGUAUUUAUUAAUCAGAAAAAAGACGCGAAACGUAUUGAGGAAAUGAAAUUAGAAAAUCAAAUGCGAGAAAGAGACCAAAAAAGAAGAGAAGCGAUACGUAACUGGCAAACUACUCCUCCAGGUAUUGUUGUACAUAAACCUGAACCAGACACGACCGCUGUUGAUAUGGAUGUCGAAGAAAUAGUAGUUUCAAGUAAACCAAUUUCAACUAGUAUUCAUACAACAUCCGCACAGCAACCACAAAUUGCUCCAUCACCACUACUUUCGUCACUAUUAAAAUCACCUAACUCAGGCAUGACCAAUAGUAGCCCCGUAUCAGCACGAAAUACUGCUCCAACAAUUACUACAUUGCUUACUAGUGGCUCUAUUCCUAACCCAAACCAACCAGUUCUUACGCUUAAAAGUCAUGUGCCAGCACAUGAAGCCGUCCAAAUGUUAACGCGACCCAUCAGCGGUCCGCCUGUUGAUUCAGGAACUGUCAUUAUUAAUACACCACAGAAUUUACUUAGUCCUUCACAAUCUGCACCAACAUUAUCCAUGUUAUUAGAAAAAAAUAAAUCAGCAAUGACAUUAAAAAAUACAUUGAGCCCAAAAACGGAGCUUAAGAACAAUAACAACGUACCUCAACCUAAAAAAAUAGAUCAAACUACAGCAAGUGAUGUCAACCAUGACAUAGUUCCAAUGGACAUUGAAAAAGGUGCAGUAGAACCACAAAUUACUAAUGCAAAUGGCUCCUCAACAACAGUCGAAGUCGAUGAAACGGACCCUAUUGAAGAACAGCAAUUAAUGGAAGUUUUCAAACAUAUUGGGACCAUUGAAGAAAUGGAUAUAGAUGUUUCUGCUGUGAUCGAUGAAGAAGAUGAUUUUUUGAAAGUUGUUGGUGAUAGUAGCCAAGAGCCAACAGUUGAACCUACUCUAGAAAUGAAAGAUGAUGUUGAUGAAGAAGAAAAACCAGAAAUUGACAAUCUUAUUGCAAAUGACGUCGAUGUCGAAGUGGAAAACGAAUCAAAUUUAAAAGAUGAUGUGGUUAAGAAUAGAGUCGAUGUUGAAACAAGUGAAAAGAAAAUUGAACAUAAAAUUGAUGUACGUUCAUCCAGUGAUGAUUCAAUCGACAACAUACCUUUAGCUUCAGUCGCCUCACAAGAAGCAAAAGAUCAAAUACAAACCACAAAUAGUUUACAUGCAAAUAAAUUAUUCAAAGAAAAAACUGAUAGCGAAAAAAUAGAAAACAACAAAAUACCAAAUUUGGAUGUAAAAAAUGAAGAAGAUACAGAAAAGAGCAAAGAAUGCAAAGAAGAGUUACUACAAAAUAAUGUAAGCGAUUCGAUUACAUUUGAAGACAACAAAAAACUAGUAACAACUACUGAUUCACCCGAAAGCCAGAGUUCAGAUGUAAUUAUCAUACCAACAGAUGAUGAUGACUCCAAUGGCGUAAAGCAUAUGUUGUCAAUAAAAAAAGAAGACAUUUCAGUGGAGGAAACAAAAGAGCAAACAGAAAAUGCAGUACAAGCAAAUGAUCUAAUAACAGAAAAAACAUCUUUAUCUGUCACUAGUGAUAACACGGAAGAACUACCAGCAACAAUCGAAACUCAAGAAACAGAGACUUUAUCGACUUUACCAGUAAUAUCAAUUGACACUGACGAAGAGUCGUCAACAACCGAUGUUAGUACUACAACACGUAAAGAUGACAGAAUAGCAGUUAUGCAAAAAAUUUCAACUCAAUCACGUCGUGGAAGUUCGUCGAAAACAGAACCCAAGAUAGAAGAUGAAAAUUCAAUUGCAUCAAUAUCAUCGAUACCAAUAAAACAACGACGUCGAUAUUCUUCUACAAAAGCCAUGGAUAGUUUUCCUAAUUCACCGGCAUCAAGUGAUCGGGAAGAACGCGAGACCAGAUCUUCAAAGAAGCCGUUGAUGACUAUAAUUAACGUCUUACAAACAAAUAAAAAUUUGGCUAUUGUACAGAAUGCUAUAGCAGAAAUGAAUGGAAAAAGUAUACAUAAACCAUUUAAUUUACAAAUGUUAAAAAAAAAUGUUGAAACCGGUGUUAUACGUAAUAUUAGUGAUUUACAACUCGGUUUGGUAAUGAUGUGUCAAAAUGUGAUUAUGUGUUCGAAAAUCAAUAGUACCGUAUUUAAGGCAGCAGUGGCUUUUAAGGAAGAAUGCAGAACAAUGCAAAAUUUUCUAAAUGCAGAAAUAAAAAUAAAAACUGAGAAGGACUCAAAAACUAGCAUUAGUAAAAAUCGCACUAGUUCGACUAGAAAAAGUCUGCGUAUUACUUAAUAAAUUUUGUAAUUGCCGUGCAGUAGAUGAACGGCAGACAGCUCUACGUCGUGGACAUGUAAACUGUUUCAAACAACGUGUUAACCGCAA